AUGUCGGAUAUGUUGGGCGCAGCAUCCUCGUCAUCAGCACAUCCUUCCCCUCCCAAGCCUAAGCUUGCCAAGAACAAGAUCAAACCUCCCCAUCCAGACAAGACGAGCGCAGCGGUCCAGGCUGAAUCGUUGGCUGAGCCCGAAAUUCCGGCUGAGAUGUGGCGCCAGACCGUCCUCGACGUUCUUCCUCCGCUUGAAUCUACUUCUCAGUCGAUUGUUGACAGAUGGUACUCAAGCGGCGUUUGGGAGGGCCCGGUUCAUGCGUCUCUUGCAGAACGCGAGGAAGGCGACUUGUGCUCGGCGAACCCCAGGUCAGAGCACAAGGAUGAUGGCAAGACCAAGAAUGAUGAUCACACCAGCCCUUCUGCUCGCGCGAUAACGGCUGACAGGGACGGCUCACUCUGGACGGAUGUGACUGCGCACAGCCACGGCUUCGACGUCGACUCUGUGCGUGCCGCAGGCUCCCGCAUCAUCCACACCUUCCUCAGUACAAUCUGCGCUCCUAGCUAUGUGCUCCUGUGCGGGACGCGGUUCUCCAACGCGCUCUAUCCAGCCUGCACUUGUCACUCCAAGGCCAAGGCGGACGACUUCCUGCGGAUCGCUCUUGAGGUUAUUGGGCUCCCCAACUUCAAUGUUCACGAGCUCGACCGCGUCAUUUUCGUCUUCGAGAUGUACAAUCGCUGGUUCGUACUGCUUUUCACUCCCCAGUUGUUAGUGGUAUACGAUCCUGCCGGCUACUCGCGCCUGGAGCCUGAAGUUGUUUCGAAGCUUGCGGACCAUGUGGCCAACGCCUUCCUCAGCGAUGCCUGUCGUUGGUCAGACCGCAAAAAUGUUCCGGAUAGUCUUGACACCCUCAUCAUUGCUCCCGAUAUCGCUACUGAUCCCUCUGGAUCUCUUGUCCUCGUUUGCGGCGCAGUCGAGCUCUUGGUUAAUCUGCGUCCAUUCAAUCAUGGUAACUUUGCCGGCGUCGAGGUAGGCCUUUGGUUCUUGUCCGAAAGCAUUCACAGGGAUCUCACCUACGAGCACUGCAAUCACCUCCUUAACAUAGCUUUGGAUGAGGUAGAGGGAAAACUAGACAAGGGCAAUCACCUGGCAGGAAGCACCUCGGCCGGGCUCGUCUCGAAAUCGAAAGCUCGCCCGCGGCUCAACGCACCCAAACUUCCUUUCAAGGCCAAGCGUCGCGUUAAACGCAAGACUCCCGAAGUCGCGGUUUCCUCGCCAUCCCCGCAUUGGGUGUCGCCGGUGCUUGCUUCCGCUCUUCAGUCGGCUAACAAGAAGUCGCUGCCGGGUACUAAACUCAGCAAGGUUUUGUAUGAUCGCAUCGUCUGGACGUGCAACUCCGGCCACCUCCCUAACGGUGCUGUGUGCACUUGUGACUGCCUUGCGGAGUACCUCGAAGGUCAGUCGAUAUAG